AUGGAGUGUGGAUCGGUGAUGGAAGAGGGAGGCUCAGCUGGCUUGCAAGCAGGAAAGUCUCCUUACACCAUCCAGGCUGGGAGCAGUGAGGAAUUCUUGGAAAGAACGGCGCCAAAGUUUCUGGCUGAGAACGUCCCUAGCGUGGAAGCUCAGUGCUGGCGUUUCAGACAGUUCUCCUACCUGGAGGGCGUGGGUCCCCGAGAGGUUUGCAGCCAGCUGUACCAUCUCUGCUGCCAGUGGCUGAAGCCGGAGCAGCACACCAAAAAUCAGAUCCUGGACCUGGUGGUCUUGGAACAGUUCCUGACUGUCCUGCCCCUGGAGAUGAAGAACUGGGUCAGGGAGUGUAUGCCAGAGAGCAGCUCCCAGGCGGUGGCCCUGGCCGAGGGCUUCCUGCUGAGCCAGGUGGAGGAGGCAGAGCAGGUGCACGGCGCCUUGGAGGUUGUUCCUGACAAGCCCCAGGCAGCUUUAUUUGAUGCCGGAGCGCAGCUACUGGCUUUGGAGAUCUCACAGGAGGUGGACGGAGAGGCUGCCUUAUGGGGCGAUCGAAUAAUACCAACGUUGUAUCCAUGCUCAACUCUUCCAUACGGAGGAACAGAAACAACUUCCGUGCAACCAGACCAGGAUCCGGUGACUUGUGAGGAGGUGGCUGUGUGUUUCACAGAAGAGGAGUGGGCGCUGCUGGAUUCGGAGCAAAAGGCCCUGCACGGAGCAGUCAUGGCAGAGAACUGGAAGACGGUGGCCUCUCUGGGUACUGUUUCCUAUCAGCUGUCAGGAGGUGAAGGUGAAUCAAGUGGACAAUCUGAGGUUGAACGGAAGAGGAGUGACUCCCCAGUGUAUCGGGAAGACGACGUUGCAGAAACCGGCCUCCCCAGAAGACCUCAUAAGAGAAGAGAAAGAAGCGAGUGUCUUGUGUGUGAGAAAACGUUCAGCUAUAAAUCGAGCCUUAAAGCUCACUGGAAACUCCACACUGGAGAGAAACCCUUCCAGUGCUCUGAGUGCCGAAAGAGCUUCAGCAAAAGCACGUACCUCGUUUACCACCAGAGAAUCCACACCGGCGAGAGACCGUACCAGUGUUCGGACUGCGGGAAGAGCUUCAGCGUGAGCAAAUACCUCACUUCUCAUCAAACGAUUCACACCGGGGAGAAACCGUUCAAGUGCUCGGAGUGCGGGAAGGGCUUCCGUCAAAACUCGGACCUCUCUACCCACCAACGAACUCACACUGGAGAGAAGCCCUACCGGUGCCUCGAAUGCGGGAAGAGCUUUAGCCAAAGCUCCAGUUUCAACAAACAUCAGAGGAUUCACACCGGGGAGAAACCGUACACCUGCUCGGAAUGCGGAAAGAGCUUUGUGGCUAGCGCGUACCUCACAUCCCACCAGCGCGUUCACACUGGCAAGAGACCGUACACCUGCACGUUGUGCGGAAAGGGCUUCACAAAGAGCCCACACCUGGUUUUCCAUCAAAGUAUUCACACGGGAGAGAAGCCGUAUAAAUGCCCAGAAUGUGGGAAGAGCUUCACGCAGAAGGCGAACCUCACUUCCCAUCAGAGAAUUCACACUGGGGAGAAACCCUAUCAGUGCUUGGAGUGUGGGAAAAGCUUCACGCUGAAAGGAAAUCUCACCACCCACCAACGGACUCAUACCGGGGAAAAACCCUACAAAUGCUUGGAAUGUGGGAAAAGCUUUAGCCAUUGCACGAGCCUCAAUUCUCACCAGACCACUCACACCCGAGUGAAACCCUACAAGUGUCUGGAGUGUGGGAAGAACUUCAGCACCAGGAAAUACCUUUCUUAUCAUCAGAGAAUCCACACAGGAGAGAAUCUGUUUAAAUGCUUAGAGUGCGGGAAGAGCUUCUGUGUGAGCACCAGCUUGACUUUACAUCAGAGGAUCCACACAGGGGAGAAGCCAUAUAAGUGCUUGGAGUGUGGCAGGACUUUUACUCAGAGCUCCAGCCUUAACAGCCAUCAGAGAAGUCAUCGUGGAGAAACCGUAGAUAUGCAAGGCGGUUAUAAUGAACACCAUUUGCAAUACAAUCCAAGUUUGAAGUGGACCACAGUGAACAUGCCGAUUGUUAAAUAUGAUGUCUGAGUCAUCACAGCAAAGAAGUCGUUUGCUAGGGAGAAACCACAGGAAUGUCUUAUCAAGAUCCACAGAGCUGGCAAACUCGAGAAGCGACAACCGCACAGGUUUUAGGAAAACAUCUUUAAUGCUGGCCAGGGUAACUGCAUAAUCUUGCAAAUUGGAAAAGUUCCCAGGCAGACUUAUAGCAAGCCAAUUAAAGCAAAAUCUCUCUGAAAUGUUUCCUGCCCAUAGGCCCGAUCUCUGGGCUGCCUCUUCCCGCACCCACUGAACUCCUCUGCCUGAUUCCCAUGGUCUCUCAUGUGUCCAUAAUGUGGAAGCAGUUUCACUCAGAUUCUCAAAGUAUUCCUAGGGUGUGAAAGAGUAAGGUGGCCCUUUUUGUGGGGCAAGGAGGCAAAUGCUGAUGAUAGACUGAGACAUAUCUUGAAGCACUUUAUAGAAAAGCAGGGUGUCGAUAUUAAUCUAGAUGGAAUAACAGAGAACAGGCAGCCUGAUCUGAGGGUGGUUGGCUACAGUCUGGAUGAAAGAUGGGAUUCUGUGUCCUGGAGGAGAAUUGGCAGGCUCCAGGCGAAGUGGUUUGCUGGAGGAGGAUAGGGCGAUGGUAAGAUCUCGGUGGUGAUGCAGAGGUGGAUGUGGCAGGAGGCAGGGUGGGCCACCCUCAGAGAAUGUGUCCUCAGUGUUUGACACCGACUGUGCCUCCUGGCCUGCUGUUCCCCACCCCAAUGCCUGGUCAUCAGGUCCUUGGAGAGCUUAAUCUCAGGAUGUUGCAGCUUAAUGCUAGGUCAGUCUGUGAUAACCCUUUCCUCCUACGAUACCUUAUUUUGGAAGAGAGAACUGAUUUGGCCUGUAUUUAUGAAACUGGGUGGGCCAUGGAAGGAAGGUUCCCCUUUUGGAAAUAUGCCCGCCUGGGUUCCAAGUGUGGUAGGUGCUUCAACCCCAGGGCAAGGGUCAGGGCAUAUAAUAGUAUGUGAGAAUGACCUUGGGAGACAUAGGGAAGAGCCGUAGCCAGAGCAAUGGUCA